AUGGUUGGGUUAAUUUUUUGGUUUUACUCUACAGUUCCUGCACAGUUUAUUCCGGGAAGGACAGGAGCUGGUCUACUCAUUUUAAACGGUUUCACAUUUUAUAUGAAGAAUCACCAGGCCCACGGCAAGAAGCAGUGGUACUGCUCUUCGAGAGACGUCCACGGCUGCCGGGCAGACGUCAUCACCUACAGAGGAAUAUACUAUUUGCCGUCGCACAGGACGGGCAGCAUGGUGUUGAUAUACAAAGACAACAAGUACUGGAUCAACAACAGGUACCAGAAUACUAUAAACUGGACUUGCCGGGAUCGGAAGAGGCUGGGCUGCAACAGCUGCAUCCAAACUGACCUGGAGGGCAGAUACAUCAAGCACAAGGGUAUUCACAAUCACGAGGACAACUACACCAAGUAUAACUUCAACGACUGAUGUACAGAUUUUAGCACGUUGCCAGUCAUCACGUCUGUAAAAAGCUGCGCUGAUAAACAAAAUAUUUGAUUGUUGUUGCUGAUUCUAGACGGACGGUUGCAUCAGUUUUCACUCUUCCCUUUAGUUGAUAAAAAGGUUGUUGAUAAAAAGUGCUUAAAGAAUUUCAAAUCAACAUCCAAUGCAACGUGCUAAAUUAAUUUCGGAUUUGAUUAAACUUAAAAUAAACAUGAUGGGAACUAGGAUAAAUGCAUGUUUGACUGGAACAUAAGAAAGUACGCGAUUGUGCCUAUGUACUAACUAGACCAGUGGCCCCCAACCUUUUUUUCAUACGGGCCACAAACGUGGUUUGGUCUU